AUGCUCUACGUUGACCGUCAAAGCCUCUCUCUCUCUCUGUUCCACCGUCAGCCACACAGAAUAGAGCUGUCCAAUACCUAUCUAGCGCCUCUGCAGGGAGAGUGCCGCCCCCUUCCCGCGAGACACAGCGCGCCAUCUCCAUUGUACACGCGACAUCCAUACACCAAAAGGGACGGCGCCACGGCUCAACACCCUCCCGUGCAACAGCUCGGAACUCGGAGUCAAGGCCUGGUCCUGGCAACCGCUAUAACCCCUGAUUCUGUUACUGGCGAUGCGAUGAGCAGCUGCACAUGCCAUGGCAGUGGCACUAUGGUGUCCGCACCAAGUUGUGUACGAAAUACAACUAACUUUAGUGCAGACAAUCUUUACCCCAGUGCCCGGUGGUUUUGGGGCUCGUCGCUCGCUCGCCUCCCAGGCUCCCACCCUUGGUGUUUCUCCAAUGACAUCGGGCUGUCACGUCACCGUGCCCAUCACUUUUCGUCAACGACUAAGCACCGUCCAUCGGUCAAGCCAACCAUAGUUCGUACAGCUUCGGCAUCAAGGUGA